GCGGCGAUUGGAGAAUCAUCCUUGCGGGAGAGCGUGGAUUGGCCAGGUCGAGAGCAGGGGGUGGGACUGAUAUCCCAGAAGCGGCGGCGGCGGCUGCGGAGCCGGUGUGAGGAGGCAGACCGGGCUGCGCACCCCAACAGGGCGCGGCGACAUGGAGGUGACGGGCCUAUCGGCGCCCACAGUGACCGUUUUCAUCAGCAGCUCUCUCAACAGCUUUCGCUCCGAGAAGCGAUACAGUCGCAGCCUCACGAUAGCUGAGUUCAAGUGUAAACUGGAGCUGGUGGUGGGCAGCCCUGCUUCUUGCAUGGAACUGGAGCUGUAUGGAGCUGACGACAAGUUCUACAGCAAGCUGGAUCAAGAAGAUGCACUGCUGGGCUCGUACCCGGUGGAUGAUGGCUGCCGCAUUCACGUCAUUGACCACAGUGGUGCCCGCCUUGGGGAGUAUGAGGAUGUGUCCCAGGUGGAGAAAUACAAGAUCUCACAAGAAGCCUAUGACCAGAGGCAAGACUCAGUCCGCUCCUUCCUGAAGCGCAGCAAGCUAGGCCGAUACAAUGAAGAGGAGCGGGCACAGCAAGAGGCUGAGACCUCCCAGCGUCUGACAGAGGAGAAGGCCCAGGCCAGUGCCAUCCCCAUGGGCAGCCGCUGUGAGGUGCGGGCACCCGGGCAGCUUCCUCGCCGGGGCACCGUCAUGUAUGUAGGACUCACAGAUUUCAAGCCUGGCUACUGGAUUGGCAUCCGCUAUGAUGAGCCACUAGGGAAACACGAUGGCAGUGUGAAUGGGAAACGCUACUUUGAAUGCCAGGCCAAGUACGGUGCCUUUGUCAAGCCAUCACUUGUGACAGUGGGGGACUUCCCGGAGGACGACUACGGGUUGGAUGAGAUGUGACGCCCAAUGUGAUGCCCAAGGAAGGACAUCCUGCCCCAGCUAACUUGCCCACUUAUUGCCCCUCCCUGUGUGUGCCCAUGGCCUUCUUCCUCUGACCCCUUUUUUGUUUUAAUUACUUUGUCCUUGUCAUUGACUUUUGAGACUUGUGUAUUAAAUUUGCCCGAACUAGAAAGCGUUAGGAGGACUUGAUGAUUACAGGAGGGGCUGGGGGAAGCUGGGUAGGUGAGGCUGAAAUAGGGGGUUGGGCAAAGUAGAGGUUGGGCAGGAUGAGGCUUUAUCCCUUAGCUCAUAGCUGGAGGCCCAUGAGACUCUUCUUUGUGCUUUAUUAGUUACUAUAAUAUUCUGCUGCUAUGACAAAUAGGCCCAAAAUAACAGUGGCUUUCACAAGAUGGAAGUUUAUUUCUUCUCAUGUCAAGUCUCAUGUAAUCAGCAAGAGCUGCCGGUAAUACGGUGACCUCUCCAUGUCAAAGGCCAGUCUCAAUCUCCAUAUAUCUUGUUGCUCUCCAUCUCCUCCUGAUUCCCACCUCAUGUGCUCCAGGCACCAGAGGAGGGAAUUGCCCUCAUCUUUAAGGAAUGUAUAUGUACAACUCAAAACUUGUUCCUAUUUCAUUAGCCAGAAUUUUGUCUCAUGGUCACUUAAAAAUUGCAAAGGAGGCUGGAAAAUACUGUUUUUAUUCUGGGAAGACAUGUUCCAAGCCAAAUAUCAGAUGUUCCUGUACUACAGAAGCUGGGGAGAAGGGAUAUUGGGGGUUAACAAGUACUUCUACCACAGUCCCUGUGGGUGGGGGACCUUAUCUAUUCAUUUAAUACAGUUGACCCUUGAACAACAUGAGUUUGACCUGUAAGGGUCCACUUAUACAUGGAUUUUUUUCAAUAAAUAAUGUAAAUGUAUUUUCCUUAUUUUUUUAAAACAUUUUCGCUAGUUUACUUUGCUGUAAGAAUAGUAUAUAAUACAUAUAACAUAAAAAAUAUGCGUUAAUCGACUAUGUUAUCAAUAAGGCUUCCAGUCGACAGUAGGC